AUGUCCCGCCUAGCCCGCCUCACUGCGCCUGCCCUCCGCAACGCCCGCGCAUCGGCCAGCGCACCGGCAACGCGCCAGGCCCUCCGUCGCGCUUAUGCGACAGAGGCGGCCAAGAACUCGAUGACGGUCCGUGACGCGUUGAACGCGGCGAUGGAGGAAGAGAUGAUUCGCGACGAGUCGGUCUUCAUCCUCGGUGAGGAGGUUGCGCGGUACAACGGGGCCUACAAGGUCACCAAGGGCCUAUUGGACAAGUUUGGGGAGAAACGUGUCAUUGAUACGCCAAUCACCGAGAUGGGUUUCGCUGGCAUCGCCACUGGCGCAGCACUGGCUGGCCUCCGACCAAUUUGCGAGUUCAUGACUUUCAACUUCGCCAUGCAGGCCAUCGAUCAGAUCGUCAACUCGGCCGGCAAGACGUACUACAUGUCCGGUGGCAACGUACCCGUGCCCAUCGUCUUCCGCGGUCCGAACGGUGCUGCUGCCGGCGUUGCAGCCCAACACUCGCAAGACUACGCGUCAUGGUAUGGUCAGAUUCCUGGUUUGAAGGUCGUCAGCCCCUGGAGCGCCGAGGAUUGCAAGGGUCUACUCAAGGCCGCUAUUCGUGACCCGAACCCGGUCGUCUUUCUCGAGAACGAGAUGCUCUACGGUGUCUCGUUCCCGAUGUCUGACGAAGCCAUGUCAGACAACUUCACAUUGCCCAUUGGCAAGGCGAAGGUCGAGCGCGAGGGUAGCGACGUGACAUUAGUUGCACACAGCAAGAUGGUCACACACUCGCUCGAGGCAGCCGAGAUCCUCGCCAAGGAGGGCAUCAAGGCGGAGGUUAUCAACUUGCGCUCCAUCCGCCCCCUUGACAUCGAGACCAUUAAGGCUUCUGUGAAAAAGACGAACAGGCUCGUCACUGUCGAAGGCGGUUUCCCCGCUUUCGGUGUUGGCUCGGAAAUCUGUGCUCAGAUUGUCGAGAGCGAGGCGUUCGACUAUCUCGAUGCGCCCGUGGAGCGCGUCACUGGCGCCGACAUGCCCACACCUUACGCGAAGAACCUCGAGGAUCUCGCGUUCCCUGAUACCAACAUCAUUGUCAAGGUCGCGAAGCGUGCGCUCUACCGCAGCAACUAA